UCACCCGGGUCCUCCUACAGGACCCGGCGGGCGGAGCGAAGCUGCGGUGACGUAACGCGAGGGGGGCGUGGGGAACUGUGGCGAGGGGCCCCGGCCGGCUGGGCCAGUCCAAGCCGCGCAGCCAAGGGCGCGCGCGCGCUCGCUCCUAAGGCCACCAGCGCCCCGAGCGCCUGCCCACCGCUGGGUGCCAGAGGUUUGCGGGUCGAGAGGUUUGCUCUGGAACGCACGAGGGGCGAGCAGAAGCCGGCGCGAGGGAGCUGUGGGGCCGGGAACCCCGGACACCUAGCACCAGGUACUGGCCAAGCUGCUUCGCGCCCGGGCGCCGGCUGGGUCGGCGGAGACAGCCAACCGCAGGGUGCCAGUGAGCCGAGCCAGCGGAUUGCAGCGGAAAGGCAAAGAUGUCACAGUGGAUCCUGGGUCUCCAAGGCCCACUAAGGUGAGAGUUAAGAUCUUUCCAGCCUAGGACUGAACGGCAGCCAUGGACAUGGCCUACGAGCUUCCCAACGGCAGCCAAACGUGGCUGUCCUCCCCGUUCGACCCCAACGGCUCGGUGGCGGUGGCCAACAGCUCGAACCAGACAGAGCCCUUCUAUGACAUGACGAGCAGCGCCGUCCUCACGUUCAUCUACUUUGUGGUCUGCAUCGUGGGGCUGUGCGGCAACACGCUUGUCAUCUACGUCAUCCUCCGCUACGCCAAGAUGAAGACCAUCACCAACAUCUACAUCCUCAACCUGGCCAUCGCAGACGAGCUCUUCAUGCUGGGCCUACCCUUCCUGGCCAUGCAGGUGGCGCUGGUCCACUGGCCCUUCGGCAAGGCCAUCUGCCGUGUGGUCAUGACCGUGGACGGCAUCAACCAGUUCACCAGCAUCUUCUGCCUGACAGUCAUGAGCGUCGACCGCUACCUGGCGGUGGUUCACCCCAUCAAGUCCGCCAAGUGGAGGAGACCCCGGACAGCCAAGAUGAUCAACGUGGCCGUGUGGGGCGUCUCUCUGCUGGUCAUCUUGCCGAUCAUGAUCUAUGCCGGGCUCCGGAGCAACCAGUGGGGCAGAAGCAGCUGCACCAUCAACUGGCCGGGGGAAUCUGGGGCAUGGUACACGGGGUUCAUCAUCUACGCCUUCAUCCUGGGGUUCCUGGUCCCCCUCACCAUCAUCUGUCUUUGCUACCUGUUCAUCAUCAUCAAAGUGAAGUCCUCUGGAAUCCGAGUGGGUUCCUCGAAGAGGAAGAAGUCCGAGAAGAAGGUCACCCGGAUGGUCUCCAUCGUGGUGGCCGUCUUCAUUUUCUGCUGGCUCCCUUUCUACAUAUUCAACGUGUCUUCCGUCUCUGUGGCCAUCAGCCCCACCCCCGCCCUCAAAGGCAUGUUUGACUUCGUGGUGGUCCUCACCUAUGCUAACAGCUGUGCCAACCCUAUCCUGUAUGCCUUCUUAUCUGACAACUUCAAGAAGAGCUUCCAGAAUGUCCUGUGCUUGGUCAAAGUGAGCGGCGCAGACGAUGGGGAACGGAGUGACAGCAAGCAGGACAAGGCCCGGCUGAAUGAGACCACAGAGACCCAGAGGACUCUGCUCAAUGGGGACCUCCAAACCAGCAUCUGAGCUGCCUGGGGGAACAUAAACACGCAGACGAAACCGGCCAAGCUCUGCUUCCCAGCAGCGGGCUCCCUGGAGACCCCCUUCCUUCCUCCCACCCCUCACGCCUGGCAGAAUUCUAGAAUGGGAGAGACUGCCCGGCACGAGCCCAGUUCAGAAACCAGCGUUUGAGUGGAAAGGCUGCCCUGGCUGAGCGAUGGCGCAGCACGUCGAUUACCUCCCCUUCAAGGUGAUCGUUUAGAUGCAAACUCACAAGUCAAAGUCUGCAGAAGAGGCGCUCACGGCUGGGGUGUGAACCUUAGAAACGCCGAAGCUCAAAAAAAUAGAAAAAAAAUGUAUCUGUGUGUGUGUGUGUGUGUGUUCAAAACCCAACGUGUAAUCUUGUGUUCUUAUAUUUAUACUCGUGUAUUGCUAUAUGCUCUCAUUGUAUACUCCUAGACCCUGUGCUUCCUGUGUUCACGUUACACGAGUUCAAUUUCACGUGUGCAUAGCAUAGGUGGGCAUUUGCCACAGUACAGCACCCACAGAAGCGGACUCACCAUGGAGCCAAUAAAACUUAAGCUUCAGGGAUCUCUCUUUGUGAGCCUUCCCAAGGCCCAGGAGGAACCUGAGCUGUGUGUGUGUGUGUGUGUUCGCAUGGUCAUGUGUUUGUGUACAAAGUUGUGAAAGUAAGAACACUUUGCAUUCUUUUCCCCUAGAAGGGUCCUUGCAGGUGCAUAUCCUCCCAGCCUCACAAAGCCUGCCUGUGCCCUGGGGCCCGGCUCAUGCAUUUCAGGCAGAGUCAGGUCGGAAUCAGAGGGGAAGGAGAGAGGGCGGGAGUUCGCCUGUGCCUACUUCUCGGGUGGAGUCACAGGACUGCUGGUUCAUCCCAGGAACUCGACACAGCGCGGUCACUGGCGACUCUGUCCAUCAAGAGACACCUGCUUUGUGAUGAGACUGCGCUUUCUUCCUUCUCACAUUGCUUUAGUUUUUCUUAGGGAGCUAUGGGGAGGGAGAUUGCUAACCUGAACGGCAAAACACAGACUGAUUCUUGUGGGGAAAUAGCUGUAUUCUCCUUGCCGUGAAAAUAAACUAAUAAGAAUGGAGCAAAACUGUACCUUCAAGAGAACCAUGAAAUUGUGGUUUUUUUUUUCUUUUUUUCAUGCCAGACAUAGCUUCCUAAUGAAAGAAAAUGGAAAUGUGAUUCCACAGCUCCUCCAAGGGGUUCUCGAAGGACCUUAAACAAAGCUGGGCAUUAACAAAGUCACAUGGCACAGGAAAGAGCACAUGGAACACGGGCAUGCAUGCGCACCUCACAGGUGUUGUGCCAGGCUGCCUGCAGCACCAACUGUAUACACACUGAGGGCACGCUGACUCUCAGAGGACUCUUCGAGGUCUGUCACACACGGGCACAUCAUGCCAUCACUGGCUUUGUCCCCAAAAUCAUAGAUGGGCUCAGGGACAGGUGGUGAGAAAAGAAAUAAAGCCCAUGUCACUCAAUGGCCAGUUUGCAGGGGUUGGAGAAAUAUAAGCCUGGGUGUUGAUCACUCUCAGAGGCUCACAUGUAGAUUUUGCCUUAUUUAAAACGAGCUUUCCUCCUAUGGCUCCCCAAGCCAGGGCCACCAGGCGGCCAGAACGAAUGAGUGCUGCCCCCUGCCUACUGCUGGCCUCUGCCUUCUCCUGUCUGUACCACUCACACCACCUCACUCCCGAAAGGACUCGCUGUGACUCAGAAAAAAACACGUUCAUAUAUAAAUAAAUACAAAAUAAAUAUUAAAAAUAUGUUCAAUAUCUAAAUAAAUCCAUGUGAAAAGAAACAGUGCA